AUGUUCUAUGAGACGCGCCAUCCGCCAGAGGGCUCGAAGAAGCGCCUGACGCUUCACCUGCAGAAAUACAUACACUGGACAGGGAAGAACAUGAAGCUCAUGGCCAAGAGGGUGGAGAGAGCGUGGGAAUACGGAUCGUUUCAGAAGUACUUUGAUGAGAGAUACCCAACAUUAACAGAUACACGCGGGAGGAGUCUGCCCCGCAUGAAGUAA